ACAGCUUAUUCUAACGACGACCUUUCCCAGCAUUUCAAUACCAUUUUGUAGCAAAAGUCUCCCAGCCUGCCACAUGUGGAAUUUUAUAUAUAGCUAGCUACCACGAGUGAUCCAAUGGCAGCACCACCACCGCAGCAGCAGCAGCAGUACCAGCAAGCACAGCCUCCCCCCGGCCCUGAAGUCAACCUCCUCAUGCCCGGGUCCUUGAAGAGAGUCCCACGAUGGUAUCAGAAUGGGCCUUUCCGCUACAACCUUCGCUUCCUGAUCGGGCUGCUCCCGGGAGUGCUACUCCUGUUCACUGUCGCCGGGAGAAGGAUGAUAGCGUUUGUGUCUCUGGGGGGCAUUGGUAUAAUGUUGGUGAGGGGGGCAGAACUGCCACAACUGUCCAUGUUUCUGACUCUGGGUCACCUGUUUCUCCUGGAGAUGGUGAACGUGUACUGCAUGAUGCCUCUAGUAUGGCAGUCAGUCCUCAACACACCGCUGUUUGCCGUCUUCCACUUCUUUAUAGCGGUGGCAGGAAUUUGGUGGUGUCUCCAAGACGAGGAAUUUAAACGGCAGGAUCCAAGAUUUGUCAUUCUUGCAGAAAGAGUCUUGUUUUAUCUUGCCCCAAUCGCCACUGUUACCACGGUUUCAUGGGUGGGAGGCAUGCUGUUUGGUCGCUAUGCCAUUACCCUCAUAGUGUCCCUAGCUGGAAUCCUGGCUAUCAGUCUGUAUGUGGUUCCUCUGCAGUCUUCUCUCACUAAACCACAGACUCCCACUGAUGUCGGGUUGAUCCAGCAUCGGUUUGUUGUGUGGGUGUACCUUGCCUUGCAGCUGUUGGUCUCUCCAGUGUUGUACUCCACUCUCAACUACACUGGCUCCCUACCCUCUCUCUUGGGCCUCCUGGUGCUGGUAACACUCAACCCUUUCCUCCUCACCUUGCUGGAGGCCCAGGGACUCUUCCACUGGACCAGCCUGCCCCCUGCAGUUGUCAAGACACUCCGGUGGACCACUGGCACUGGCCUGUUGGGGCUGCUCUCUCUGCUCGUGCUCACACAGCACACUUCCUCCACACACCUACCAAUGCUACUAGUGCCCACACUAUUCACACAACUGUACCUCAUCUCGUCAGCCGCCUCCACUGACCACACCCACACGACCACACCCACUAUCGUUAUGGGAGCUGCUCUGGGACUUCUAUACUCUCUGUCAUUCUACCUACUACCUUGGACCAUCUCACAUAAUUUUUCGUUCCUUUCUCUUCCGUUGAGUGUUGUCCAGUUCUUGUUGUGGUGUCUUGCCAUGGCAACGGUCGUCAUAGCAACCACAUGGAAGAGGCGGCCCCUACAAUUGCUAGUCAUCUACAACGCAGCUUUUGUUUUGUGUGAGUAUCUGUUGAGUUGGGACGGAGUGUAUCCAGAGUUUGUUUCCAUGGUUACCACAGCAACGGCAGCCGUCAUGUUUUGGAGACUCUAUUCUAUCAACGUGUUGCCAAGCAACUCGGCUCUUCUUAGUGUCUGUCUCCAUCUAACGAAGCUCUCCCUGCUCCUCCCCUCCUCACACCCUCACACCCUCACAACUUCCACACUUGUCACAACUAUCGCCAUCUUUAUCGUCUCCUACUCGCUACUCCGUGUGCUACUGUUUGAUGAUCAAGGUCAAAGUUCAUCCAGUCAGCUGUUGGUCUACUCCGGCCUGUUGUGUAUAGGUCUGCUAUUGUCAAUUGAUACUGUCCUCACUCCGUUGUGGGCUGCUGCCACUCAUAGAGAGCCUUCCGGGGCCAACCUAGUCGCGAUGGCACUAGCAACAGUGGGUGUGUUCAUUCUGUACGGCCUGAGGGGUGCUAAAGACAAAGCCUCUCUCCUCACUGUCCUACCACACGGUCUCUUUGUAAUGGCCGCCCUCAUAGCUGCCCUGCAACCUGAGUUCAAUAUGGGAGAAUUGCUCGAGUCGUUCUUCAUAGCAGCUAGUGAUGCUAGUGAUGUAUCAGAGGAGAUGUACCUGGCAGCGUGGGGUAACUUGUUGUCGUGGGUAACGCUGUACAUGGCUGUAUUCACGCUGGUCCUCCUCCUCUACCUGACUCCCCUCACUGUCCUCUCCACUACCUUCCUCGGUUCUCUCAUAGGAUUGCUCACUGCCAUCUCUUUUGUACACUAUCCUCCCGCCUCCCUACUGGGCAUGCUCUAUGCUACUCUCCUCGGAGUGGGCGGGGCUAUCUUUGGACGAGUGUUUGUGGCCUCCAAGGAAACACGAUCGCUACUGGACACCGUUCUGUUUGGUGUUCUCCUGGUCACCUUCUCGCUGCUGUAUUGGACCGAGUGGAGUCAUCUCCCACGGCAACACAUACCCUGGAAGCCAUUUCUCGACUACUAUGCACUCCCCUCUACAAAAGUGUUCUCGUUUCUUUCUCUGACACUGGCUGUGGCAUUCAGGGUCAAAAUGCACUUGAAAGGCGGUCAAACGUAUCUCCCGGUUAUUGGAAACCUGUUUUGCCUCUUCUUCUUUCUCUUUGCUACCUUCCACCCCUUCGUCGAACAACUAGAAGUCUCAGUGCUGCUAACGUCGUGCAUAUUCCUCCUAGCUCAACCAGACCACUUCCUUAUCCCCAAGACAACCACCAUUUUUCUGGCACCCAGUUUAGUGCUCUCUGUGACACUGCUGUAUAUCAUCUCCGGCACCACGGUCAUCAACCUCAUGAUUCACAUGGCCAGGCAGAACCAAUCACUACUCGUUGUCUUGCGAGUGGUGGAGCUCGUGUGUCUUCUGGCGACCGUCCCUGGACAAGGAUUGUUCCUCCAUCACCUCUGGUCCGGCAGCCCGCUAAACCUCUCUUUCUUCUUUACCUUCCUCUACAUCAGUCCGAGUGCUGCCCUGCCCCAAUUCUCAUCAUCUGUAGCCAGCUCUGCCCUGGGGGGCAUUGGAGUGCUCAGCUUCUGUUUACUAAUCGUCGGGGACUACUCAAACAUUAAAACGUUUUAGCUACUUAUUAAGUUAAUCUUUUUGUAGAAAUUGUUUAUAAUUAUAUACCUGAUGUAUAUAUUA